AAAAAACAAAUACUGAAGUUUUUGAAAUUUUAGUUAAUAAAUAUUUAAAUUUAGAUAAAGAUGAUUUUGUUGAAAUUACUAAAGUAGAUUUAAAUGAAAAUAAAGAAAAUACUAAUUUAAAAACUUCUUUAACAAAUCAAUUACAAGAAGAUAUUGAAUGGAAUCCAAUUGAAGAA